AUGCCUCGAAAGCGACGUAUUAGGUGUGUUUCACGAAUAUCUUCUUUAUAUUGGCAAAGCAGUGAGGAAACUGCUACAUAUGAAAAACCUCAGAAGAUACCUGUGCUCGAGUCACGAGAAACGGUAGUCACAAAAUCAAGAUUGCGCGACAAAGCAUUCGGAGAUAAUCAACUUAAAGAUGGCGGCUCUUCAUCAGCAGCCAAGUCAUCUGCUAUGCUACUUCUUCUUUCCCUGCCUACGCUAGAAGCUAUAUUGCCACUCUUAUUCGAGUUUCUAUGUCAAUAUUGCCAAUUUAAUAUUAAUGAACGCCAACGAGGCCAUCGAACUUUGGCGUAUCAUGGUUACUGCAAUUAUUCGGAUGGCAGAUGAUAAUGAGCUAUGGAAAAUUAAAUAUGAUUGCAAUGACCAAUUUCAACAGCAUCAGCUCAGCCGUCGUCAUGGAUUCAUAUAAAUUGUUAAAAGUGUAUAACAUCUAUUUUUUGUUGUGAAUUAUGUAUUUACUUUUUCUCAAAUAGUCGUUAGCAAGGCAUAUUCAACAACGUAGAAGUGAUUUCGACAGUUGUCUCUUUUGGACUGCGACUGAAUUGUCAAACAUAGAUCAAAAUAUUUCAAAUGUUAUUAAAAAAACAACAUUUUAAAUUUUUCGUAUUUUUGGCUACCAUGACAAAAACAUUUAAAGGUACAACCUCUCGUUCAAUUUCUCCGCCAUAAGGUUUUUUGACGUUUGCUAGCAUUUUAAGUACACUCUCUCGAAAUGAUUUAAAUGUCA